GAAACUGAUUACAGGUUUGGAGGGUUUCGGCGAGGUUGAUCCGAGUCUGCACAUUUUCUGACGGGCAGGAAGAUCCUGCAUUGAACCAUAAAAGACUCCCCUGGUGGACUACUCAGAAUUUUCAACAGAGCUGCCGCGUCUCACUAUGGCAGCUUUGUCUAUGAGCGCUGCAUUGAAGGGGCAGCCCCUGUGGCCUUCUGCAACUGCACAACAGGGCCGCAACAAAAAGCAGGCUAGCCGAAUGACUAGGCGCCAGCUCUCUACCAGCUGCUUCAUUCUUGAGCCCUUCACGUUGGCAACAUUGCCGACCGUGGAUUUUGGGUGGACGUUUAACAGCGCUGAUGACUGCAACGCCGGCUCCUACUGCCGCAAAAAUUACUACGGGUCCACUUUGCACGACAACAAACAGAAUAUUGGCGCUGCUGCGGACCGAGUGCUUGCUGAUGAGAGUAAUACAAGGAAGAAGGACUCUUACAAGGCGCUCAUGCUUGCAGUGGCCAUGCAGGAAGCUGACAAGAUGGAUCACCGGGACACGUCCAAGGACAACGAUCCGCUGUCAAUGAACUGCAGCGUCCUGAACAUAAACUGCGACAUGCUGCAGCGGGCAGGCAAGCUGCGAGGUCCCCACGGGGAAAGCCCAAUCGACACAAACGUUGACUGCUACGCAAUCAGGGACCAAAAUCUUGACCGAGUCCUGCUGCUCCUAAGGAGGGCCUUUGAUGUGUGGACGCCCAAACGCACUCUGGACUUCAUCCGCGGAGGAAGCACAGGGUUUGAUGAUGGCUACGGCGGCUCGUGCAACUGCCCUGUGUAUCGGAGGGCCAUUGCAUCCCUCUACAAGGCAUUUUCUGACGACCCCAGCCUCAUGACUGAUGGACGGAGGGGUGACAUCACAGUGCCACCCUGCUAGAGCUGCCAACUGGCACAGGAUUACUGUCACUCACAACAAACGCUUAAAUAUGGGUACAGGUCUUUGUGUGAUGCUGCAAAGUUGCACUUGAUGACAGAUGCAACACUUUAGAGUUGAUUGGAAGAUUGGAAGAUUUUAAAAACAUUGAGAC